GAAGCAGAUAUGGGGCAAGUGGUAGAAAUCAUAUGGGAUGUUACAAAGUAUUUGUGUGGUUGCGCCAAACAAGAAACUGGGUUUAUUUGUGAGUUGGAAGAGAAUCUACGAUCUCUGGAAAGUAAAUGGAAUAAGCUUGAAGCUAUGAAAAAGGACGUCGAAGCACAAAUUGAAGAAGUUGAAGGCAUUGGAGAGGGGCAAAGAACACUUGAAGUCGGUGUUUGGCUCCAAAGUAUCCAAAACAUUGAAAAGGAAGUAAAAGGUAAUCUAACUCAAGGAGCCCAAGAAAUCCAAAACAAAUGCCUAAGUAAAUGUUGUCCCAAGAAUUGCAAGUCAAGCUACAAGGUGGGAAAGAAUGUUGCCAAAAUACUCACUGAAGUAGAUGAUCUAACGGCCGAGGGACAAAGAUUUGGUAAGGAUUAUCCAAUUACGCAGAAAAAUACGAUGAGUUCCAAAGAAGCCGUUGCAAAUUGCCUUGGAUGGGCAGCAAGAGAUCCCUCUGGAGUUCUAUCCCCAUACAAAUUCAAUCGCAGGCAUGUACCUUGCAUUCUGCUUUUUUGAGUUUGGCAAGAUUGCUGCAUUACCAUUAUUAUGUUUUUACCUGUGGUAUGUGGGGUCGUUUUGUUCAGCAUACGAUCCAUGUUCUUUUUACAGUCUGUUUUUUCAUGUCACAUUGG